AUGGCUGGAGCUCCAGGGCUGCCGGGCCCUGCGGUGGGACGAGAGCGGGCUGUGAGGGCAAAGCGGGCCCAGGCGGCUGCUCUGCAAGGGGGCUGGCUCAGCCCCUCUGCUGUCUGCGCUGGGCACGUCCCUGCUGGCUCCUCGCUCCCCGUCUCGCUGUACCUUGGGAGGUACGAGACAGCCUCGAAGAUGGAGCAGUUCCUGACGCGGUUCCUGCUGCGGGAAACCAUGCACCAGCUGCAGUCCCUGCAGGCAUCCCUCGAGUGCGCCGUGGACACGGUGGAGGAGCAGGCGGGACGGGAGAGAAAGGAGAUCAAGAAACCGGAGACUUCGGUCGGCCCGAGGUCAGGGCGGCGGUGUGGGCGCAGGGGACAGAAGAACAUCUGCCUGUCCCCAGCAGACCCCUACUCUGGGAUGCUGACCACAGGUGUUUGUGUCGAGGACAACAGCCAGUGGAUGGCUCAGAUCAACAGGCUCCAGCAGAUCAUCGAGAAGCUAGAGUGCAAGAGCCCGCGCCUGGAGCCGCUGAAGGAGGAAGCCAUGUGCAAAGGAGAGGAUGCACACAUCCUGGUGGCCAAGAGGCAGAUCUCGGUGGCCACGAGCGGCAUCGAGGAGUUCCGGCAGGCGUUCCGCUCCUACACCGAGGGCACGGCCGGGCACAGCAGCUGCCUGCAUGUCUCUGCCUGCAAGCUGACGGACGAGGCCUGCUUCAUCCUGUACGAGUUCUGGCAGGACGUGACCUCCUGGAGAAGCCACUUGCAGUCCAGCUGCAGCAAGACUUUCCAGCAGUCCAUCCUCAGCUUGCUGGAGUCCCCGGAGCUGCUGACCACCAUGCUCUUCCCAGCUUCCUGGUGGAUCAUGAACAACAACUGACCCGGGGCAGCGUCUCCAGGACCCAUCAGCAUGCAGGAGGACCUGGAGCCCUGGGCACAGCCUUUGUCCCCUUUGUCACCUCCCUGUCCCUCCAUUCCCUCCUGUGGCCUCUGCCCGGCCAGUGUUUUGCUCCUUUGCUCUUCUCAUGUUAAUUUAUUUCUCUAUCCUGCUCCUAA